GCCGCAGGGGAUGGGCCACGGCCGGUGCCCGGGCCGCGGCCGGCGCACGCCGGGCCUUCGCCGUCGGGGUCUUCAGCCGGACCAAGCCGCACCUGAACAUCGGCACCAUCGGUCACGUCGACCAUGGCAAGACGACCCUGACAGCCGCCAUCACGAAGGUGUUGGCCGACCAAGGCAAGGCGGAGUUCAAGGGAUACGACAUGAUCGACAGAGCCCCCGAGGAGAAGAAGCGCGGCAUCACCAUCAAUCAGUCGCACGUCGAGUAUGAGACGGAUAUUCGGCAUUACGGCCACGUGGACUGCCCAGGCCACGCGGAUUAUGUCAAGAACAUGAUCACUGGUGCGGCUCAG